UCAGCCGUGGCCGUGGAGACGGUGGGACGUGGUGAGGUAGGGAUGUGUACUUUUAUCGAACACCAGUCCGUCAGUUUUACGGCAACGGGCAAGGUGCAGGUGAUGUCAUUCGCGUGAAAACCCGUCCCCCUUUUUUACUCGAUGAAACACGGUUCCUCGUCUUAUCCGCCGAAGAGGGUACCCGACCAAUUAUAACAUGAGUGCCGAUCAAUUUGAGUAACACAAAGGCAGAACUUAACUUGGGCAGAAUGACCCUUGGUUAGAGGAAUUGCUCAAUAGGUGCUAUUGUUCCUUCGUCGUCGCAUAAGCUUGUGGUGUAUUUGUAGAUUCGGUGUGGUUUGAAUUACUCAGUGGUGUCCGAAUUUCUGAGAAGCAAAUUGGCGGAUCGUCUAAUUGAAAUUAAUCAAGCAAUUACCUGGGGGUAUGUACCAGACAUCGUCGGAGAUGCGAACAUUGGACCAAUAGAUCUUAUCCUUGCAUCGCACUUGUUAUCGUGGGUUUCAGACAGCUACGUAUCGCGUUGAAGUAAUAACAAAAUGCUGAGCCAACUGUCCUCGUUGCUGCCUGACGAUCGACCAAUCAGUGCCAUCGGCAUUGUCGAAGAUGUUGAAAAGUGUCCACCCAACUUUACUGUGGUAUCAAGAACUUAUGACCAAGACUCUGAUGCUGAUUUAUGGAGAGAGAGUGGGUUGUUUAUCAAAAGAAAGGGCAGGUAUAUCUGCCUUUCCAAGACUGAAGGAUUAGCCGAUUGCGUUGUAGAAAACAUUGUUAUUAUUAACGAAAGAGAUUUACCUCCGGAAGGAUAUUCCAUGAUUGCUCGUACCGUUGAUUCUGAUCAAAAAGCUUGGCGGAAACGACAGUUGUGCUACAAAGUUAGGCACAAAGACUUGUGCUCGGUAGCUGUCACUGAUAUCAUUAUAUGUAGUCGCAUCAAGAAAGCACCACCUGGUUUUACUUAUGCUGGAGAAAUAAAUGGAGUUACAGUGUGCUACAAAACGAGUCAAAUUUCAAACAACAAUUCCAGUUCUCUGCAGCCAUACGCCAACAUUGACUCUUUUCAAAACGUAUCUCCAAAUCCGUCAACGGGUGUACCUCACAGGCCAGCACCAGAGAGGCCUCCAAAGCCCAAAUUUUCUCCGAAACCUCCAAACGGUUCAAUUUAUCCCAAUAUCAAAUCAAACCCAGAUGAGGCCGGAGACUCUGAUUAUGAGGUGCUUAGCCCUGGUGCAGGGAAAAUCAGGCCUACCAGGCCUGCUCCGCGUCCUCCACCUACGUCAUCUUUUGGCAACUCCAUAUAUGCUACCAUGUCUGGAACAUCGGAUCUUGAUGGGGUGCCUUUUAUCAUUACUCCCCUCAUCAGUAGAGAGACAACUUCUGCCAUUAAAAACCUGCCAGUAAUAAAAGUCCGAACUCAAAAAGAAUUGGAUAAAGAGUAUUAUUACGAUUUUCGAGUCGAACGGCAGACUUGAAUAAGCUCAGCACCGAAACAGCUGAAUUUUGCUUUAAAUAUAAAUAUCAAAUUAAUGAUAAUGAUUUAGUGCUAGUGAAAAGUAAUAGAGUGCCUGGAUGAGUGAUUUAUACUAACAUUAUAGACAAGAAUUAUUUAAUUAUCUAAACCCUACAUAAUAUUAAUUAUCAAAUUAUAUAGACGAAUUAGACGGCAUAUGUGAAAUGGACAUUAUUAUUAGGAUUCUGAAAAUCGUGAAUCUUCCCCACAAAUGUAUCACCCUUUACAUUUUGAUACUCGUGAUGAUUAGUGUUGUAUUUUUAUAGUUUGUAGAGCUAUACGUUAGUUGUACCAUAAAUAAUAAUUGUUUAUUAAAUAUUCAAUAUUAUAUUCUUUAUAGUCGAUAAUACUUCAUCAGCAAUGAAGUUUUUUCAAUAAAUUCAAUCUACUUUUA